AUGUCCAGUUUAACGCCCCGUGUUGACCCCCAGCAACUGAGUCAGCUCUCUUCGCCCGUUUUUCGCAUCAUAGGACAAGUCACAGCGCAACCGCAGCGCGAUCAGAUCAUCAUUGCCAGUCCAACCACGGGAGGCGAAAUGGUGAGUCUCACAAAUGUCAGAACGCCAACCAGUGUAAACUACGAUCUACAGGAGUGGUACGAGUUCGUAUGUCGCAGUAACGACUCUGGUGACGUAGGAUUCUUGGUGCUGGACUCGGUCAAGUGCGUGUUCCCACCUGGCGAAACAAUGAGCAUAUCUGGUGUGGUAGCACUCCAGCAGCUCGCAAGCAAAUUUCCAGAGCUGACGUAG